CCCUCUGAAAAGGCUCUGCUCAGUGUCACUUUAAGCUGACGUGCGCGGCCUGAUCUGUCUGACAGCACACAUCUGUCUCUCUGCCCUCUCUCUCUCUCUCUCUACCACACCGAGCGUGUCAUGGCGUGUAGGUGUUGAAGCAUGAAGGGUUUUCCUCCUCUCAUGGAAAUAACAACGUCAGUCUGUGACACCGUGUCUGUGCAGCCGCCGUGGAUCUGCAGGACGGUCUUCGCCGUGACUCACCGGUGAAGGAGGAGAGAGUUGAAGAAACUCCGAGGUCGUGGGUGAAGCUGAUUAACAGGAGGAGACAUCUCAUUGUUUUGACUUUGCUGAAGGAAAACCAAGCGGUCUAUGGGCCAUGAAUCCAUCAAUCAGACGCAGACUUCCUCCGUCGGUGAGACGUCUUCUGACCGACAUCGGUCCAAAGGAGGAUUGGAGUGAUGACGAACCAGCGCCCUCAACUGUAGAUGGAGUGUUACUCCCGAACAGAGGAGAAGAGAAGUUUCUGGAGCCUGCCAAGUCACGGGAGGAUGAGAGUAAGGCCCGGAGGAACGCGCUGUGCAUGAUAUGUAAACGUAAGCCCUCCUGCUACAGCUGCCCUCGCUGUAACCAGCCGUACUGUGGCCUCGUUUGUUACCAGAGCCCAGCUCAUUCCACCUGCUCUGAAGAAUUCUACAAGGAGUGUGUUCUGAAGGAACUGAAACACAUGGGGAGGACGGACGACAAAGACAGAAAGAACAUACAGGAAAUGCUUGUCGGGCUUAAACACAAGGCUGAGAAUACAGAAGGGGGGAUGGAAGGUUUGUUGAAGGAGGCAGGUGUGGUGUCGGCUGAAGGAAGAGAUGGUUUGGAGGAGAAGGUGGAGGUGAUGGUGCUGCUGUCCAGGUUGGCUGAGCUACAACAGUCAGGGACGGGACAUGAACCUGAGAUCGAGGCUAUUGUAAGGAAGCUGGAAGAAAUUGGAGAUGUGGAAGAUGAUGUUGAUGAGGAGGAGGAGGAGACAAACUGGAAGCUGGAAUUGGCAGAACGUUUUUCACAAAUGGAUCUGGAUAAGCUUUCUGAGCAGGAAUUAUGGGAAAUUCUUAGUCAAAAAGAGAGAGAAAAGUUCAUCAGUCUGACAAAGUCUGGAGCUCUUGACAGAGUGGUUCCCAUCUGGAUACCGUGGUGGGAGGAACAUUAUGAACGCACACUGGUGGAUGAGGUGAAGCACGAGGGUCCGACGACUGUGGGAGAACGAGGUGAUCAAAGUUUAGAGGCACAGGUUUGUAAUCAUGACAAAUCAACAGAAAGUGCAGUAUUUUCAAAUGUGCCUCCACUUUCUACAAAAAUAUCCAAGUUGAGUUCCAUGUGUGCCCGUCCCUCUCCUCUCAUAUGCUUCAGUUUGGUCAACGCGCUCUUUGUUUAUGUUUUCACACUGGUCUUAUUCAACGGUGACGCUGACUCUCUGAUGUUUGACUUCUGUGACAUGGUUCUGGCUCUGUCUGAAGCCUUUGACUCCAGCAGGGUGUUCAGCUCUGUCCACCAGGCCUUGGCCUCUGCUGAAGCUCUCAUGUUGCGUGAAGGAUACUUGGACAAGGAGGAUCCUUUGGCCCCGGCGAGGGCUCUGGAAGCAGUGGCUCACGUCAUGUCAGGCAGAGAUCCAAAAGACUCCACAGGCUACUGUUUAGCUGCCCUCAGCCAGCUUCGCUCUGUGUUUUCACAAGCAGGAAGUGCCUUAUCUAAAGAAGGAGAGGAGGGAGCGAGGAGGCACAGGUACUUCCUGGCGAGAAAAAAGUGUGAAUUCUUUCAAGCCUGGGUGUUGGAAAAUGUGUCUGAGAUUCAAAGAGUUGCUGUUGAAUUAUGGACUGAAUACAACAAGAGACAGAGCGCAAGAAAGUGCCUGGAGUCAGCAAAGACGACGGUAGAGCAUCAAAUCAAAACAGUGAGAAGAAGAAGACACAACAGUCAUAUCAUCCAGGAAGUUAGCCAAUGAGAACUCUCUUUAACGUGUGUUUGAUGUACUGUAAAUAUAAUGUGAAGAUGAUUUGUGCACACAACAGUAAAUACAGGUUUAGAAAUACAUUUUCCUGAAAUAAAGUGAAAGUGAUUUGU